AUGGCCACUUUCUGGGGAGCAGCCUUUUUCAUGUUGGUAGCAUCCUGUGUUUGCAGCACUAUCUUCCACAGAGACCAGCAGACUUGGUUUGAGGGUGUCUUCCUGUCUUCCAUGUGUCCCAUCAAUGUCAGUACCAGCACCUUGUAUGGAAUUAUGUUUGAUGCAGGGAGCACUGGAACACGAAUUCAUGUUUACACCUUUGUGCAGAAAAUAACAGGACAGCUUCCAGUUCUGGAAGGGGAAAUUUUUGAGUCUGUAAAGCCGGGACUUUCUGCUUUUGUAGAUCAACCUAAGCAGGGUGCUGAGACUGUUCAAGAGCUCUUGGAGGUAGCCAAAGACUCAAUCCCCCGAAGUCAUUGGAAAAGGACCCCAGUGGUUUUGAAGGCAACAGCAGGACUGCGCUUACUGCCAGAAGAGAAAGCCCAGGCUCUGCUCUUUGAGGUAAAAGAGAUCUUCGAGAAGUCACCUUUCCUGGUACCAGAUGACAGUGUUAGCAUCAUGGAUGGAUCCCAUGAAGGCAUAUUAGCUUGGAUUACUGUGAAUUUUCUGACAGGUCAGCUGCAUGGCCACAGUCAGGAGACUGUGGGGAUCCUGGAUCUGGGGGGAGCCUCCACCCAAAUCACAUUUCUACCCCAGUUUCAGAAAACCUUGGAACAAACCCCUAGAGGCUACCUCACUUCCUUUGAGAUGUUUAACAGAACUUAUAGGCUCUAUACACAUAGUUACUUGGGAUUUGGAUUGAAAGCUGCAAGACUAGCAACUCUGGGAGCCCUGGAAACAGAAGGGACGGAGGGACAUACUUUUAGAAGUGCCUGUCUACCAAGAUGGUUAGAAGCAGAGUGGAUUUUUGGGGGCGUGAAAUACCAGUAUGGCGGCAUCCAAGAAGGGGAAGUGGGCUUUGAGCCCUGCUAUGCUGAAGUGCUGAGGGUGGUCCAAGGAAAACUUCACCAACCACAUGAGAUCCAGAGGAGCUCCUUCUAUGCUUUCUCUUAUUAUUACGAUCGAGCUGUUGACACUCACAUGAUUGAUUAUGAAAAGGGGGGUAUUUUAAAAGUUGAAGACUUUGAAAGAAAAGCAAAGGAAGUGUGUGACAACUUGGAAAAUUUCACCUCAGGCAGUCCUUUCCUGUGCAUGGAUCUCAGCUACAUCACAGCCUUGUUGAAGGAUGGCUUUGGCUUUGCAGACAGCACCGUCUUACAGCUCACAAAGAAAGUGAACAACAUAGAGACAGGCUGGGCCUUGGGAGCCACCUUUCACUUGCUGCAGUCUCUGGACAUCUCCCACUGA